AUGCCUAGUCACUCGUAUACAUUUCAUAUCACCACAACCUUGUUAGCCGCCGAAUUUACUGGCUCCGCAAUAGCCACCUUCGCUCUGCACUAUAGUGUCUACGUGUCGCUACUACUGGGUCUCAUCCUCCUCAUCGUCACGCUCCCACUAGCCUUGCUGAUACCCUCCGAUGAACGGGCCGUAACCUCCCGCCAGCGCCCUGCCGAUGGGCAUACAGAACAGCACGAAUUGACCACUUGGGCAACAUCCUGCCUGAAGCAACUCAGGAAGCCCAAGGUUCCCUCGCGGCCUGAACUGCGGGUCUCCUGGUUGGUGGCGACAUGCCUCAUCUCCCGCAUCGGACGAUACCCAUUUUCUGUUCUCCUGCCGACUUUGUCUCACCGUUAUCAAGGGACUAUGACCGAGACAGGGGUCUUCCUCUGCCUCAACGCUGGCGUCAGCCUGAUCGGAAUCGCCUUCCUCCUGCAUGGGAUACGACCCUUCUUCUCACGGCAACAAUCCCCGACGCACUCGGCCGAUGCGACCCCUCUCUUUGGCCCCUAUCGGUUUGACCUGUGGACGAUGCGAGGCAGUGCAAUGUGCAUGGCUAUCGGGGCGGUUCUGGUAUCAUCAUCACGUACACUGACGAUGGGAUACGCAGGGGUCGUGCUGUAUGCACUGGGUAUCGGGUUCGGCGGUGGGGUAGGGAGGCUUAUCGCACAAUUGACGGAGUCCGAGGGAGUCUUGCUGCCGAAUAACAUGCUCGAGGCGGUGUUUGAUGCCAUCGCGGCGCCCGCGAUGUCGUAUACCUGCCUCAUUGGGGCACAAUUGGACGAGUCAAUGUCGAUGGUGGGCCAACUGUCAUUUGUUGCCGCGGCGAGUAUCUUUGGCAUGAUUGCUAUCGGGAGUUUUAUCGUCGGUGGGGGAAAAUAG